AUGUGUCCUAUGUGUGAGGAGAACUGCAACCCCUGGAAACUCAGUGACAGCUGUGUCUAUGCAAAGGUCAGUAAUUAGACCUUGAAUCUAUUAUAUUCUGUUCUGUUCUAUUCUAUUCUAUUCUAUUCUAUUAUAUUCUAUUCUGUUCUGUUCUGUUCUGUUCGCUCAGAGUGGAAUAUAAUAGCUGUAUCUAUGCAAAGGUCAAUUCGAUGCUAAUCUCUUGUAACAGUUUGAGAGCCAUUACAUCAAUGUGCCAGCUAGCCACACAACAUUUGGUGGCUUCCAAGAUUAGUAAGACCCCUGAGGAAUUAGAGCUAACAGGUUUAUAAAUAGAAAGCUAUACUGUAUGAUGUAGGUGUACUAAGUACUGUAGUAAACAGAAGUACUAUUACAGUUAGCUAGUACUGUUACUGUCCCUGAGGAUCAAUCACACAACAGUUAGCUAAUACUGUUACUGUCCCUGAGGAUCAAUCAAUCACACAACAGCUAGCUAAUACUGUUACUGUCCCUGAGGAUCAAUCAAUCACACAACAGCUAGCUAAUACUGUUACUGUCCCUGAGGAUCAAUCACACAACAGCUAGCUAAUACUGUUACUGUCCCUGAGGAUCAAUCAAUCACACAACAGCUAGCUAAUACUGUUACUGUCCCUGAGGAUCAAUCAAUCACACAACAGUUAGCUAAUACUGUUACUGUCCCUGAGGAUCAAUCAAUCACACAACAGUUAGCUAAUACUGUUACUGUCCCUGAGGAUCAAUCAAUCACACAACAGCUAGCUAAUACUGUUACUGUCCCUGAGGAUCAAUCAAUCACACAACAGCUAGCUAAUACUGUUACUGUCCCUGAGGAUCAAUCACACAACAGUUAGCUAAUACUGUUACUGUCCCUGAGGAUCAAUCAAUCACACAACAGCUAGCUAAUACUGUUACUGUCCCUGAGGAUCAAUCACACAACAGCUAGCUAAUACUGUUACUGUCCCUGAGGAUCAAUCACACAACAGCUAGCUAAUACUGUUACUGUCCCUGAGGAUCAAUCACACAACAGCUAGCUAAUACUGUUACUGUCCCUGAGGAUCAAUCACACAACAGCUAGCUAAUACUGUUACUGUCCCUGAGGAUCAAUCAAUCACACAACAGCUAGCUAAUACUGUUACUGUCCCUGAGGAUCAAUCAAUCACACAACAGCUAGCUAAUAAUGUUACUGUCCCUGUUUUUCUAAAGGUGACCCAUCUCUUCGACAAUGGAGGAACUGUGUUCUUUGCAAUCUUUAUGGCGAUAUGGGGUAGGUAAAGAGAUUAUUCAGGUUUUUUUUUUUCUCUCUCUCUCUCUCUCUCUCUCUCUAUCUGUCUCUCUCUCUCUCUCUCUCUCUCUCUCGCUCUCUCUGUCUCUCUCUCUCUCUCUCUCUCUCUCUCUCUCUCUCUCUCUCUCUCUCUCUCUCUCUCUCUCUCUCUCUCUCUCUCUCUCUCUCUCUCUCUUUCUUUCUUUCAGCCUUUUCUAUUACUGCUGUGGAAAAGUAUAAAUUAACGAUACACUGAACAAAAAUAUAAAUGCAACAUGUAAAGUGUUGGUUUAAUGUUUCAUGAGCUGAAAUAAAAGAUCCCAGACAUUUUCCAUAUGCACAAAAAGCUUAUUUCUCUCAAAUGUUGUGUACAAAUUUGUUUACAUCCCUGUUAGUUAGCCUUUUCCUUUGCCAAGAUAAUCCAUCCACCUGACAGCUGUGGCAUAUCAAGAAGCUGAUUAAACAGCAUGUUCAUUACACAGGUGCACCUUGUGCUGGGGACAAUAAAAGGCCACUCUAACAUGUGCAGUUUUGUUACACAACACAAUGCCACAGAUUUCUCAAGUUUUGAGGGAGCGUGCAGUUGCUAUUCUGUUUGCAGGAAUGUCCACCAGAGCUGUUGCCAGAGAAUUUAAAGUUAAUUUCUCUACAACGUCGUUUUAGAGAAUUUGGCAGUGCAUCCAACCGGCCUCACAACCACAGACCAUGUGUAACCACGCCAACCCAGAACCUCCGCAUCCGGCUUCUUCACCUGCAGGAUCAUCUGAGACCAGCCACCCGGACAGCUGAUUAAACUGUGGGUUUGCACAACCGAAUAAUUUCUGCACAAACUGUCAGAAACCGUCUCAGGUAAGCUCAUCUGCGUGCUCGUCGUCCUCACAAGGGUCUUGACCUGACUGCAGUUUGGCGUCAUAACCGACUUCAGUGGGCAAAUGAUCAACUUCAGUGGCCACUGGCACGCUGGAGAAGUGUGCUCUUCACAAAUUAAUCCCGGUUUCAACUGUACCAGGAAGAUGGCGUCAUGUGAGCGAGCGGUUUGCUGAUGUCAGUGUUGUGAACAGAGUGCCCCAUGGUGGCGGUGGGGUUAUGGUAUGGGCAGGCAUAAGCUAUGGACAACGAACACAAUUUAAUUUUAUUGAUGGCAAUAUGUAUGCACAGAGAUACCGUGACGAGAUCCUGAGGCUCAUUGUCGUGCCGUUCAUCCGCCGCCAUCACCUCAUGUUUCAGCAUGAAAAUGCACGGCCCCACGUUGCAAGGAUCAGUACACAAUUCCUGGAAGCUGAAAAAUGUUCCCAGUUCUUCCAUGGCCUGCAUACUCACCAGACAUGUCACCCAUGGAGCCUGUUUGGGAUGCUCUGGAUCCAGCAACUUCGCACAGCCAUUGAAGAGGAGUGGGACAACAUUCCACAGGCCACAAUCAACAGCCUGAUCAACUCUAUGUGAAGGAGAUCUGGUCACACCAGAUACUGACUGGUUUUCUGAUCCACGCCCCUACCUCUUUAUAAGGUGUCUGUGACCAACAGAUGCAUAUCUGUAUUCCCAGUCAUGUGAAAUCCAUAGAUUAGGGCAGGGUUCUUCAAUUCCGGUCCUGGAGGGCCGAAACACCUCUGUUUUUCAUCCUCUCCUUCUAAUCAGGGGCUAAUUCAGACCUGGGACACCAGGUGAGUGCAAUUAACUACCAGGUAGAAAUAAAAAACAGAAUUGUUUUGGCCCUCCAGGACCGGAAUUGAAGAACCCUGGAUUAGGGCCUAAUUAAUUUAUUUCAAUUAACUGAUUUCCUUAUAUGAACUGUAACUCAGUAAAAUCUUUGAAAUCUGUUGCGUUUAAAAUUUUUGUUCUGUGUAUUUGGAGUCCCUAAAGCUUAAAAAAAUAACUGAUUGGAUAUAGUCGCUCAGUUGCAUGAUCCAACGGCACAAUAGAUUUGGUUAUUUUCAAUCAUUUGAGGGCAAAUACACACACACACACACACACAUGCACCAUUUACCGUUACACAACUGUAACAGAUUGAAUCUGUUUAUAGCAAAGUUUAUCCUUUUAGAGUUCCAAAACAACCAAAUAACUUCUUCACCUGCAAUAGCUAGAGAGCGUUAUACAUACAGUAGAAAGUAAAACUGUCUACGAAACCAAUUCACUUUAAAAUACAUCUAGAAUGUGAAUGAUUCCACUUCUCCUUGUCUUUAUCAUUUACCUAAUAAGACAUGGGAGAUUUUUUUUUUUUUUGUGCAAACAUAUACAUGCGGUCCAUGUCAUUACUCAAAUAUAUAUAUAUUUUUUAAUGUAGUGUAUUUUCAAACUGAUAUUUGGAUGAUUUUUUACCGUUGAAGACAGUGUUACAAUUAACCCCCGCAGCCUGUUACAAUUAACCCCCGCAGCCUGUUACAAUUAACCCCACAGCCUGUUACAAUUAACCCCACAGCCUGUUACAAUUAACCCCCACAGCCUGUUACAAUUAACCCCCGCAGCCUGUUACAAUUAACCCCGCAGCCUGUUUACAAUUAAACCCCCACAGCCUGUUUACAAUUAACCCCCGCAGGUCCUGUUACAAUUAACCCCCACAGCCUGUUACAAUUAACCCCCACAGCCAGUUACAAUUAACCCCCGCAGCCUGUUACAAUUAACCCCCGCAGCCUGUUACAAUAACCCCACAGCCUGUUACAAUUAACCCCCCGCAGCCUGUUACAAUUAACCCCCGCAGCCAUGUUACAAUUAACCCCCACAGCCUGUUACAAUUAACCCCCCGCAAGCCUGUACAAUUAACCCCCACAGCCUGUUACAAUUAACCCCCCGCAGCCUGUUACAAUUAACCCCCCGCAGCCUGUUACAAUUAACCCCCGCAGCCUGUUACAAUUAACCCCCACAGCCUGUUACAAUUAACCCCCACAGCCUGUUACAAUUAACCCCGUGAGGAAUACAAGAGGGUAUUUCAUUUCCGCCACUGUUGGUUGAAUUGUAAACAACAGGUGUGUCCUAGAAACUUUUUACAGUGUGUUAUGGUAGCUAAGACAUGUAUGUUUGCAUAAAAAUAUUAUGAAUCUACAUCAAAUAUUAUUUGCAUACUAAGUAAAACUCUAAAACUGUUACUUUGUUCCCCAGUCUCCCCUACUAAUUAAGUCUAAUAGUAAUUAGCAAUGAAACACCCAGGAGGGAGAAGUUGUGUGUGUGUGUGUGUGUGUGGUGUGUGUGUGUGUGUGUGUGUGUGUGUGUGUGUGCGCUCUUUGAGAGGAAAAACCCACACAGUACAGUAUCACACUGAUGUUAGCUAACACCACUCCUGGCUGUUGGCCUGUGUCUCCCAGCAUCGUUCUCUAACACCACUCCUGGCUGUUGGCCUGUCUCCCAGCAUCGUUCUCUAACACCACUCCUGGCUGUUGGCCUGUGUCUCCCAGCAUCGUUCUCUAACACCACUCCUGGCUGUUGGCCUGUGUCUCAGCAUCGUUCUCUAACACCACUCCUGGCUGUUGGCCUGUGUCUCCCAGCAUCGUUCUCUAACACCACUCCUGGCUGUUGGCCUGUGUCUCCCAGCAUCGUUCUCUAACACCACUCCUGGCUGUUGGCCUGUGUCCCAGCAUCGUUCUCUAACACCACUCCUGGCUGUUGGCCUGUGUCCAUCAUCGUUCUCUAACACCACUCCUGGCUGUUGGCCUGUCUCCCCAGCAUCGUUCUCUAACACCACUCCUGGCUGUUUGGCCUGUCUCCCAGGUCAUAACCACUGUUCUUCUACCACCAUUCACCACUCCUGGCUGUUGGGCCUGUGUCUCCCAGCAUCGUUCUCUAACACCACUCCUGGCUGUUGGCCUGUGUCCCAGCAUCGUUCUCUAACACCACUCCUGGCUGUUGGCCUGUGUCCCAGCAUCGUUCUCUAACACCCAUCCUGCGUUGGCCUGUGUCCCCAUCGUCUCUACCCACUCCGGCUGUUGGCUGGUCCAGAUCGUUCUAACACCACUCCUGGUGUUGGCCUAUGUCCCAGCAUCGUCUCUUAACACCACUCCGGCGUUGCCUGUGCCCAGCAUCGUCUCACCACAUCUGGCGUUGGCUGUGUCCCAGCAUCGUUCUCUAAACACUCCUGGCUGUUAUGGACCUGUGUCCCAGCAUCGUUCUCAUACACCACUCCUGGCUGUUUCCUGUGUCCCAGCAUCGUUCUCUAACACCACUCCUGGCUGUUGUGCCUGUGUCCCAGCAAGUUCUCUAAACACCACUCCUGGCUGUUGGCUGUGCCAGCAUCGUUCUCUAAAACCACUCCUGGCUGUUGGCCUGUGUCCCAGCAUAUCGUCUCUAACACCACUCCUGGCUGUUGGCCUGUGUCUCCCAGCAUCGUUCUCUAACACCACUCCUGGCUGUUGGCCUGUGUCCCAGCAUCGUUCUCUAACACCCAUCCAAAGCAAUCUUCCCUCUGUUCUCUCCACACUCCAGGACAGGAAAUGGAAAAACAUCCAGGAUGUGUCCUAAAUGGCAUCCUGUUCUCGUUUAUAAUGACCUACUUGUGACCAGGGACCAUCGAUCUGCUGGUGCACUAUAUAGAGAAUUGGGUGCAUUAUGAGACGGAGGCCUUGACUCCAUUACAAACAAUAGGAAACUCACUGUAGGCCGCUGCAGCCAAACACACUGUGCUAUAGAUCCAUCCAUCAGCUAGGCUGGUCUGCUGAAUAACCACCCCAUCAGCUAGGCUGGUCUGCUGAAUAACCACCCUGUCAGCUAGGCUGGUCUGCUGAAUAAUCACCCUGUCAGCUAGGCUGGUCUGCUGAAUAAUCACCCCGUCAGCUAGGCUGGUCUGCUGAAUUAUCACCCCGUCAGCUAGGCUGGUCUGCUGAAUUAUCACCCCGUCAGCUAGGCUGGUCUGCUGAAUAUUCACCCCGUCAGUUAGGCUGGUCUGCUGAAUAAUCACCCCAUCAGCUAGGCUGGUCUGCUGAAUAAUCAUCCUCUCAGUUAGGCUGGUCUGCUGAAUAAUCACCCUGUCAGCUAGGCUGGUCUGCUGAAUAAUCACCCCCCGUCAGUUAGGCUGGUCUGCUGAAUAAUCACCCUGUCAGCUAGGCUGGUCUGCUGAAUAAUCACCCCGUCAGUUAGGCUGGUCUGCUGAAUAACCACCCUGUCAGCUAGGCUGGUCUGCUGAAUAACUACCCCAUCAGCUAGGCUGGUCUGCUGAAUAAUCACCCUGUCAGUUAGGCUGGUCUGCUGAAUAAUCACCCCGUCAGCUAGGCUGGUCUGCUGAAUAUUCACCCCGUCAGCUAGGCUGGUCUGCUGAAUAACCACCCUGUCAGCUAGGCUGGUCUGCUGAAUAAUCACCCUGUCAGCUAGGCUGGUCUGCUGAAUAAUCACCCCGUCAGUUAGGCUGGUCUGCUGAAUAACCACCCUGUCAGCUAGGCUGGUCUGCUGAAUAAUCACCCUGUCAGUUAGGCUGGUCUGCUGAAUAAUCACCCCCGUCAGUUAGGCUGGUCUGCUGAAUCACCCCGUCAUUAGGCUGGUCUGCUGAAUAACCACCCUGUCAGCUAGGCUGGUCUGCUGAAUAAUCACCCUGUCAGUUAGGCUGGUCUGCUGAAUAAUCACCCUGUCAGUUAGGCUGGUCUGCUGAAUAAUCACCCCUUCAGCUAGGCUGGUCUGCUGAAUAAUCACCCUGUCAGUUAGGCUGGUCUGCUGAAUAAUCACCCUGUCAGUUAGGCUGGUCUGCUGAAUAAUCACCCCGGUUCAGGGGAAACUUGCUGGGCUAUAUUGAGUGUCUGUCUGGGGUCACAGUAAAUUAAGUCUAUUGUGACUGGUGUGAGUGGGGUACAGUAAAUUAAGCCUCUAUUGUGAGUGUAUGAGUGGCCAAGGGGACCUGUGGAGACUGGAGCCAGGGAAGGUCUGGACCACAGCCAUUCACUGUAUAAAGAGCAAACGGACUGUCUGAUUGCCAAUCAAUAACAAUUUUGGUUUGCUAGGCAAGUUCGGUGCUAAGAUGAGGUUCUGUCUGGGUGGGUUUGAUGAAGUUUAUAUACAGAUUAUAUUUAUGUCUCUGGUCUGGUCCCUUCUGGUCUCGUAACGCCAUCUUUCCAAGUGUCGUUCAUCAGUAUGGAACAAACGUGUGUAAACCUGGACAGCAAGGCUAUGUCCAAUCAGGCUGGUUUUUACAGUGGCAUAGUUUUCUAGUGGCAGUGUAGACAACAGCCCUGCAGCACACGAGGCUCAGAGGAAAAAUGUGUUGGCCCAUCUGAAAGGCUGCUCUUCCCCCUCUACUCCUCUUUAAACAGAGAAGUGGGUCAGUCCAUGUUAAACUACAUCUUUGAACAGCAGACUGCUAAAUUAAACAGGCAUAGAAGGACUCAAAUUCUGCCAAAUUCUGCUGCCGAUUUAAAAAAACAUUGCUAUUUGCAUCGGUAUUGGAAAUCACCAUAUUCCCUUGUGUAUCCAAUGUUUCUGUGUUUAGGGAAUGUGUCAUAGAGUUAUUACCCCUCAAGAAUUUAAAUAUCAACGUGGGCCCUCCCACAAUUGUCAAAGAUAUCGACAAUGGGCACCCUCAAGAGACGUCGGGGAACCCCCAAGAGACAACAUGUAACUCGAACCCUCUUUCUGUCAAGCUGCAUUGCAAUUAUAUGAAUCUGUUUCUAUUUUCUAUAUACUGGAAUAAAUCAAUGAAGUCAUUCCAUGGAAUGUUGAUUGAUCCCUGUUCCGUGUUCUGUUGGAAUGUUGUCCCUGUAGCCACGGUGUUCCUGGAAUUCUGGAAGAGGAGGAGGGCGGAGCUGACUUAUGACUGGGACCUCAUCGACUGGGAGGAGGAAGAGGUUGGUCUAUCCAUCAAUAUCUGCUGUAUUAAUAUGAUAUCAUGUGACAUGAUAAGUAAUGUGUACUACUACUAUAAUACUACUACAUAACGUCAUUAUGUCACGUAUGAUACGGUCAAGUCAUUUAUAAACUAUUGAUUGGGUAGUGGAAGAUGUUGGUCAGCAAUAUCUGGUAUAUUAAUAUGAUAUGUCAGAGACAUACGUGUACGUACACUAGUAUUCAGGCGUUUCUCAGUCAGCAAUAUCUGGUUGAUACAUAUGAUAUGUCAUGAACUUGUACUACUGUAGUUAUGAUAUGGUCAAGUAUUGACUGGGUCGGGGUAUCUAUGAUUGGACCAGUCAGAAAUAUCAGAGUUAUUGAUAUGAUGUACUGGAGUGUGUGUGUGUGUUUGUGUCCCAGGAGAAUCUGCGUCCCCAGUUCGAAGCCAAGUACUCCAGAGUGGAAAGAGUAAACCCAAUCUCUGGCAAGCCGGAGCCCUUCCAGCCCUUCACUGACAAACUCAGCAGACUCAUGGUCUCUGUGUCCGGCAUCUUCUUCAUGGUAAGACCAUGUCACCACGAGUCAUCAGGCUGUACUGUGGAUCUAUCCUCAGUGGACACACUGCAGGGUUUGGGUCGAUUCCGUUUUUUCAAUUCAGUCAAUUCUGAAAGUAAACUUUAAUGCUUUCAUUGAAAAGCAAUGAAGAAAAUUGGAUUUGGAAUUUUGUUUUACUUUCUAAAUUGAAUUAAUUGUGAUGUAACUGACCCCAAUCCUGGAAUGCUGUUUACUAGUUUCCUACCUUUUCAACUUCUAAUAAAGUAAUGAGCCUCUGGCUGCCUACUACCACCCCCUGGUGGAUAGGAGACAGAAAUACAACAGACGCUCUGUUGUUGGGGAUUGUUUUCCAAUGUUCCUCAUCACUCAUCAGCAACAGGAAGUGUCUAGAGACUGUGACAUGUAACAAUGAUUCAUUGUUUUUCAAAUAUGACAAAUAUGACCAAUAAACCAAUUAACACCAAUAAACACACAAUCCCAGACUAGACCCAUUAUAUAAACCAGGUAGUUUGGGUCCUGGAUGCUGAUUGGCUGAAACAGCAUAUGACGCAACAGUAUGACUCAAAAACACUUGUUUACUGUUCUAUUUAUUUUGGUAACCAGUUUAUAAUAGGCACCUCGGGGGGUUUGUGGUAUAUGGCCAAUAUACCACGGCUAAGGGCUGUAUCCAGGAACUCCGCGCUGCGUCGUGCAUAGAACAGCCCUUAGCCGUAGUAUAUUGGCCAUAUACCACACCCCCUCAGGCCUUAAUGCUUAAAAACCUGCUAGCAUCAUUAACAUGCAUCUAUUUAUUCCUCAGAAAUGAUGACUAUUUAUCUAACGGAUAUAUUUCCUCUCUCUUCUCUCUCUCUCUCUCUCUCUCUCUCUGUCUCUGUCUCUGUCUCUCUCUCAUAUCUCUGUGUAGGUCUGUAUCUCUCUCUCUAUCUCUUCUCUCUCUAUGCCCUCUCUCUCUCUUCUCGUCUCUGUCGCGGUCUCUCUCUCCUCUCUGUGUAGUCUGUCUGUCGUCUCUCUCUAUCUCUCUCUUCUCUCUCCUCUCUCUCUAUCUCUCUAUCUCUCUCUAUCCCAUCUAUCUCUAUAUCUCUAUCUAUCUCUUCUCUCUCUCUCUCCUCUCUCUGCCUCUCCCUCCGCAACUCUCUAUCUGUCUGUGUGUGUGUAUGUGUGUGUGUCCACUCCCCAGAUCUCUCUGGUGCUGACUGCAGUGUUUGCGGUGGUGGUGUUUCGACUGAUUGCCAUGGAGAAGUUUGCGUCUUUAGGCUGGGAGUUUGUCAAGAAGAACUGGCAGUUUGCCACCUCUGGCACCGGAGUCUGUAUCAACUUCAUGAUCAUCAUGUCUCUCAAUGUGGUGGGUGUCUGGCCAAACUAAACCAUGGAAUGGAAUGGAAUGGAAUGGAAUGGAAUGGAACAUAAUAGAAUAGAAUAGAAUAGAAUGGAAUGGAAUGGAAUGGAAAAUAAUAACUUUAUUAGAUUUUAACUUAAUGAUCACCAUGUCUCUGAAUGCGGUGGUUGUCUGGCCAAACCAAGCCCAAGCCAUCUGCAUAAACAGUUAGAUUUGAACUUCGAUGGCAACCUAAAUUGCACCCUACUACCUUCCCUAUGGGCCCUGAUCAAAGGUAGUAUACUAUAUAGGGAAUAGGGUGUCAUUGUGGAUUCAGCCUUUAACUACAUGGCCAAACCAGCCCACUUGAUACACAGUCGUACAGGAUAACGCUGCAUAAUUGAUCCACAGUCAGAUUUGAACCUAAUGAUCACCAUGUCUCUGAAUGCGGUGGUUGUCUGGCCAAACCAAGCCCAAGCCAUCUGAUACGCACAGUCAGACAGUAUUUUAAGUCCAACAAGUGUUGCGUGAAUGAUCCACAGUCAUAUUUGAAGUUACAUAAACGUAUAUUUUGCAGUUUGCAGAGUUAUAAAAUACCUAGUGUAACCGUUUUCAGAGUGAGUUUUCUUAUUAUUCACCUAUUCACUGUAUAAGAUGUGUAGGGUGCUUAUUUUGUGAUGCUUGUUGUCUCACUGAUUACUUAGUACAUAUCAUCUUCAUGUCACAUAACAACUGAUUACUUAGUACAUAUCAUCUUCAUGUCUCACAUAACAACUGAUUACUUAGUACAUAUCAUCUUCAUGUCACAUAACAACUGAUUACUUAGUACAUAUCAUCUUCAUGUCUCACAUAACAACUGAUUACUUAGUACAUAUCAUCUUCCUGUCUCACAUAACAACUGAUUACUUAGUACAUAUCAUCUUCCUGUCUCACAUAACAACUGAUUACUUAGUACAUAUCAUCUUCAUGUUCACAUAACAACUGAUUACUUAGUAAAUAUCAUCUUCAUGUCUCACAUAACAACUGAUUACUCAGUACAUAUCAUCAUUAUGUCACAUAACAACUGAUUACUUAGUACAUAUCAUCAUUAUGUCAAAUAACAACUGAUUACUUAGUACAUAUCAUCUUCAUGUCACACUAACAACUGAUUACUUAGUACAUAUCAUCUUCAUGUCUCACAUAACAACUGAUUACUUAGUACAUAUCAUCUUCACUGUCUCACAUAACAACUGAUUACUUAGUACAUAUCAUCUUCAUGUCUCACAUAACAACUGAUUACUUAGUACAUAUCAUCUUCAUGUCUCACAUAACAACUGAUUAUUCAGUACAUAUCAUCUUUGUUUUUACAUUUUAGUCAUUUAGCAGACGCUCUUAUUCAGAGCGACUUACAGUUAGUGAGUGCAUACAUUUUUCAUACUGGCCCCCCGUGGGAAACGAACCCACAACCCUGGCGUUGCAAGCGCCAUGCUCUACCAACUGAGCUACAUAUUCAUGUCACAUAAUACUGGCUUGUAUUUAGUCAUGCUCUUUCUCAAGUGUUACCGUAUUUCUUUCAUCAGGUAUAUGAAAAGGUGGCCUAUCUGCUCACCAAUUUAGGUAAGCAUUACUCCCUCAAUAUCCCCCUCAAGAUCCCCCUUUAA